AGUAUUAACACUCAUUAGUACUAACAAUAGCGAAACAAUGCGUAUUGUCAAUUUCUCUAUUCUUUUGUUUUUGUUUUUCCAAACUUCGUAUAGUAAGAGUGUGGAAAAUUCUCCCGCCUAUGGAUAUCAUUUAAAAGUUGGGGUUCCUGAAGCCAGGAGGAUUUUACUGAAGGAAUCCUGGAGGUCUUCAAGGAUUGUUGGUGGCAGUCAAGUUUCUAAUGCUAAUGUUAUACCAUAUCAGGUAGGCAUAAUAGCCACUCUCACAGGAGGAGCCAGUUCAAUAUGCGGGGGCAGCUUAAUCUCCAGAACCCGCGUCCUCACAGCAGCUCACUGCUGGUUCGACGGACAAACCAGAGCGACCCAGUUCACCAUAGUCCUCGGGUCAUUGACCAUCUUCACCGGAGGCACGAGGUUAACGACCUCUGAUGUGACCAUGCAUCCGAGUUGGAACUAUUUGCUGAAUGAUAUCGCGUUUGUGAGGAUCUCCGCUGUUACGCUGAGUACUACUAUCCAGCUAAUUGCUCUGCCAACCACAGCCGAAACCAACCAGAGGUUCGAAGGAGUGAACGCUCUAAUCUCCGGAUUUGGAAAGACAAGUGAUGCUCAAAUGACCUUCCCAACGUCCACGGCCCUCCACCAGGCAACAGUUCCAGUGAUCAGCAAUGCUGUUUGUCAGAACAGCUUCAAGAUUACCAUAGAUAGCAGUCACAUUUGUACCGCCGGGACUGGUGGAAGGGGCACUUGUGAUGGAGACUCCGGUGGACCUCUGACUGUGGUGCAUAAUAAUAGGAGGAUUUUGAUCGGAGUCGUAUCCUUCGGUCCUGGUGAGGGUUGUCAAGCCAGCGCUCCAUCUGUCUUCACUCGCGUUACCUCAUUCCUACCAUGGAUUAACUCUAAUUUGUAAGCAAUA